AAAUUUGUCUGUUUACAUUGUUUUGAAAAAUCGCAAACCUCUGCAAAAUUGUUUGGUGUUGUGUUGAAGCUUCUAAUUUAUAUGUGUUCCAAUGUUCUGAUUGACUCUAGAUAGAAUGUAUGAAGUUAAAUGCCCCUUCUGCAGUUAUGACACUACUUUGAGUGGGAACCCAUGCCUACCAAAUUUCUAGGUUGUUAACUUGUCUUUUACCAGUAAAUAAAGGAUCCCAGAUUUUAUUAGACAACCAUACAAUAACCACAUUGGAACAUCUGUAUACCUUGUGCUAACACGUCUGUGAAGAUGGCUGAUAAUAAGUAUAUUGUUGGGUAUGCCAAACUAGGAACAUCAAGUUGUAAGAAAUGUAAAACUAAGAUUGAAAAAGGUGCCCUGAGAAUAGGCAAAGUUACAACUAAUCCAUUCUCUGAUGAAGGGGGUGAUAUGAAACAAUGGUAUCAUCCAGAUUGUAUGUUUGAAACUUUCAAACGAGCAAGAGCAACAACAAAGAAGAUCGAAGAAGGAGAGGAUAUGGAUGGGUUUGGAGAUCUUCAACAAGAAGAUAAAGAUCGUCUUAAUAAAAUGAUUGAUGAUUCCCAAGCCAACUCAAAGUCUCCUGCAAAAACUCCAAAAAGGACACCAAAAGCCACUGCACAAGCAAAGCUGCCAUUUUCACCUUCAAAAUCCCCACCAAAGUCUUCACCAACGAAAUCAGCAGCUUCUCCAAAGGCAGGACCAUCAACUGCUGAUAGUGACGAAGAAGCAAGUACCAGUAAGAAAGGUGAUUCUGGUGAUAACUUUAGGAACUACAGGAAAUUGUGUGCAGAUAUUGCAGCCGAGAGUAGCUACCUGUUAAAAACACAGAAAGUAUCCAAGUUCUUAAAAAACGGGCCAAAUGGAGAUGGGUUUAAAGGUGAUGCCUUCCUGUGGUUGAAGUUAUUGUUACCUGGAUUUGUGAAGCGGGUUUAUAACGUGAAGAGUAAGCAGUUAGUUAAAUUAUUUAGUCAGAUUUUUAAUACUUCUCAAGAAGAAAUGGUUGAAGAUCUUAAUCAGGGAGAUGUAGCAGAAACAGUGAGAAUUUUCUUUGAACAAAGUGAUACAGUACAGCCACAAAAGAAAAGUACUCUUUUAUUAAAGGAGGUUGACCAGUAUUUGGAGGAUCUUUCCAAUGUCACAAAAGAAGAUGACCAGUUAAGAGUUUUGAAGAAAGUUGCAAAAAGAUGUUCAUCCAAUGAUUUAAAGAUGUUUGUGAGGUUGAUUAAACAUGACUUGAGAAUAAAUGCAGGAGCAAAACAUAUUUUAGAUGGAUUAGAUGAAAAUGCUUAUGCUGCUUUCCAAGCUUCUAGGGAUCUGAAGGAUGUUGUAGAGAGAGUAAUGGAAGGAAGAGAGGGCUCCAAACCAGGAAUGAGUAAAAAACUCAGUGUACGAGCAUCACUUAUGACUCCUGUACUACCAAUGUUGGCAGAAGCUUGUAGAUCUGUGGAGUAUGCCAUGAAAAAAUGUCCAAAUGGAAUGUAUGCUGAGAUAAAGUAUGAUGGAGAACGAGUUCAACUGCAUAAAAAGGGAGAUAAAUUCUCCUAUUUCAGUAGAAGCUUGAAACCAGUACAGCCUCACAAGGUGCAGCAUUUUUCUGAGUACAUUCCAAAAGCAUUUCCAUCAGGAGAUGACCUCAUUCUGGAUGCUGAAGUUUUAUUGGUGGAUACAAAAACCAGCAAGCCUCUACCUUUUGGUUCUUUAGGAGUGCAUAAGAAAGCUAAGUUCCAGGAUGCACAAGUGUGUUUGUUUAUAUUUGAUUGUCUGCAUUUAAAUGGGGAAAAUAUAAUGCAAAAACCGAUCAAAGAAAGGCGUAAAGUUCUACAUGAUGAAAUGAAGGAGAUUAAAAACAGAAUUAUGUUUUCAGAGAUGAAAUUAAUUAAAGACCCAGAAGACUUGCAGGAUAUGAUGAAUGAUGUAUUUAGACAAGGAUUGGAAGGACUGGUGUUAAAAGAUUUAAAAAGUGUAUAUGCCCCUGGAAAGAGGCAUUGGUUGAAAGUGAAGAAAGAUUAUUUACAAGAAGGCACAAUGGCUGACUCGGCAGAUUUAAUUGUUCUUGGAGCUUAUUAUGGUACAGGGAACAAAGGUGGCAUUAUGUCCAUAUUUCUACUUGGAGCAUAUGACCCCCAUACUAAGAAAUUCUGCACAGUAACAAAAUGCCACAGUGGUUUUGAUGACAAGACGUUAGAAGAAUUGCAGAAGGAACUUGAUGUUGUCAAAAUCAGCAAAGAUGCUUUAAAAGUCCCAAAUUGGUUGAAUGUGAACAAGACCUUAAUCCCAGACUUUGUGGUCAAAGAUCCCAAAAAGUCACCAAUCUGGGAAAUCAUGGGAGCAGAGUUUAGUCAGUCUUCUGCCCAUACAGCUGACGGGAUAUCAAUAAGAUUCCCAAGAAUCGCUAAAGUCAGAGAUGAUAAAACUUGGGAGAAUGCUACUGAUGUUCCAAGGUUAAAGAUUUUGUUUAAAAAGUCCAAAGAGACAUCAGACAUGUUUCCUCCAAAGAAAGGGAAAUCCCCUGCAGCCACACCAAAAAAGACGAAAAUUGGAGAUGAUGAUGAUGAUAGCGGUAGUUCAACUGAGGAUGAUGGGAAUAAUAACAGCAAUGAGACCCCUCCAGCCACACCCACUAAAGGGAAAUUCCUUGCAGCCACACCCACUAAAGGGAAAUUAAUCAUGAAACAAGAUAUCUCAGAUGAUAAUGUGAUAAUAACACCCCAAAAGGCCUCUCCCACUAAAGGGAAAUCACCUAUUAAACGUCAAGCCUCAGAUGUUGAUGAUGAGAGAGAACAUAAACCAUCAUCAGCUAAGAAGAGCAAGGUGAAUGCAUUAUGUAACUAUGGUGAUUACUGUUACCAAAAGAAUCCAGACCAUUUAGAGAAGUUUUAUCAUCCUAAAAAGAGUUUACCUGACGUUUUUAAUGGAGCAAAGAUUUGUAUCCCAGAGAAGAUCAAAGAUUACAGAAUAUUAAAGAGAUUUGUUAUUGGAUUUGAUGGUGAUGUAGUACCAGAGUACAGUGCUGAAAAAGCCAGUCACAUCAUAGUAGAAUCAGGAAAAACUGCUCCAAGCACAAAGGGCAAAGGAGUAUGUGUAACAGUGGACUGGCUGAUUAAUAGUAUCAAGAAAAAGUCAAUACAACCUACAAAGACUUAUCUUGUCACAUGAUUCUGUACAAAACCUGUCAAAAUCACAUGAUUUUUAAAACUUUGGUCACAUGAUUAGAGGAUGUUGAUUUUUUUGACUGAAUGAAAUUUUAUCUGAAUGUUUUGAAUGAGUGAGAUUUCAGUUUAUAGAGUAUCAUCUUUUUCCUUGACUUAAGAUUUCCAGAUCAUAAUUGACCACAUAAUUAUUUAAUUUUAUGUCAUACUAUAUGCUCAUUUUAACAUGUGUAAGCUUUAUAUAUGUCAAUAUCUAUAUAUCCAGCAUUUGAAAGGUGUGAAAUUUGCCAAAUAUAAUGCCAACCCAUGUUAAAAUGUGCAUAGAGCAUGACAUGAGAGACUUUUUGAUUCAAUAGGAAAAUUUAGAACUUUUUGGAGUGCAAAGCAGACCUAUAAGACAUGUUCAAAGAAAGGCAUUUUGAUUGAUUAUUAAUGCAAAAACUGUGCAAAAAACAAAAUGUUUCACUAUUGAAAGUUUACAACUUACUAUUUUCCCUCCUAGGGAAUUUUUCAUUUGUCUAAAAUAUAGUCAAAACCACUUAAGGUAUGAUUAUUUUAAAUUUGUGAACAAGGCUUAAAUAUUUAUUUUGCCAUUUAGUAACUAAACAUGGGAAUAUUCAAGCAGCUUUAUUUUGCUUAUUGUUUGGUGAAAUCAAGCCAUUAAUUGCUGUCCUCUAUUUGCACAAUUACUAAUAGGUGUUCAACGAUUGACUUGAAAGCUUGUAGCAAGAUCAAGCCGUCCACUUAAUCUGCAGUAUUUCCAAUCCUGCAUCACCUACUAGUGUGUAAAGUACUUACCUCAUUAAAGAUAUGGUUGUGUGAAUAAUCUUGUGUAUAUUUAUUGUAUACAUCAUAGUUAAGUGUUAUCAGGGUUAAAUUUCAGGUUGUCAUUUACAUGACUUGAUACUUUUUUUGUAGUUACAGAAAACCAUUAUGUGUAAACCAUUUUCCUUGAAAAGGGCCAGGUCAAUUAGAAUUUUAUCAGUAGUUCUUUGUUAUAUUGUUAUGUAUUGAAAUCAAUGCUGUCAAGAGAACACUGCAAUUGCUUAGAUUUCACAUAUAGGUUUGCCUGAGUAAUUUUGGAUUCAACCAUAAAUAUUUAAAUUACUCUUGACCUAAUUGAAAGAGAAUUGCCCACUUUCAUGAAAAUGUAAACAUGUAAAUGGAUUUUUUCGCAAUUUCCACAAUCAAUUUGAAUAAUAUUUAACAUACAUGUAUAUAUCCUGCUUGGACAAACGUUUAUUUAAAAACCUGAAUAAAGUCUCUAUGGUCGGGUUGUUGUCUCUUUGACACAUUCCCCAUUUCCAUUCUCAAUUUUAUAUUUAUAUUUGAAUAAAGAGAAAAGAGAUAUCGCAAUAGAGGAAGGCUUACUCUGUGCAAUUAUUUUUGGUUAAAGUGCAUUAGAACACUUCCACAAAAAUGUAUGUUGUUUAUUUUAUGUAAAGAACUUAUUUUCCAAAGUUUACUCAUUGUUAUAGCUUUAUGCUAUUCUGUACUUAUUUUUAGAAAUUUUACAUAGGGGUUUAUAGCUAUAUUUAUAUUUUUGAAAUUCAAGAUUUUAUUUUAUGUAACAGAUUCUAUUAAUUUAGAACCUAAAGUGAUAUUGUGUAUUAAUGAGAAUAUUUUACCGACUGACUUACUGUAAGUAAUAAUUUCUAUUAUACUGGUAAUAUUAUUUUAUGCUAGUAAUAUUGAUAAACAUGCACAGGAGUUACAUUGGAUAACUGUACAUUAAUGUCAGUUGUAAGAAGUUCACAUUUAUAAAUUUACAAGUUAGAUUCUGAGUUUGCAGGUUAGUUGCGAUAUUUUUAGCUGCUGAAUUUUGAUGACUUAAUACAUAAACAUAUUUUUUUUGCAUAAAUACUCUUUAGUAUCAAACGGGCAUUUUACAAGGUGAAAGAAUUUAUACUGCUUGAUCAGUUUAACAUUUGAAUUUAUAGAUUCUUUUGAUUGCUGGGAUUGGUUAAAGUUUUCAUGUACAGACAUUUCGAAUGAAUAAGUUAACUCAUACAGAUUGUAUAAGUACCUUAGUUUUUUUAAUGCCAUUGAGUUGCUGUCCCCUUGGCAUAUAAUCCUGUCUAUUCAUCCUCAUUUUAAGAAAUCCAGUUUAACGAUUUAUUGAACACCACCAUGCAAUACAUUCCAUUUUAAUCAGGAUUCAUUGCAAUAUUUCAAAAUUGUUGCCUUAUUGCUGUAUAUUUUGAUCUUCAUAAAUUAUUUCAUACAAAUUUAAUUAGCUUAUUUCAAUCAUCUAUUACAUGUUUUAAUGUCUUAAGUUUUUUUUUUCUUCAUUUCAAAUUGUUUUGUUAUUUGUAAUUGUAUGUUAGAGGCAGCAAGAAUAAACUUUCUUUUUCUA